UCCUGCCUUUGCCUCAUCAGAUGUUUUGGUAACACAUGUCAGAAACAUCAAGAAGCGAAAUGCUGAUAAUGACUUGGUUGUCAAUGGGAUAGAAAUAUAUAGCAUGAAAAUUGAUAGUAAAGUAACUUCCCGAUUUGCCCACAAUGUCAUUACCAGUCGAGCUGUCAAUCGUGGAAACGUGUCCAAAGAAGUCUUCUUUGAUAUUGAGCUCCCUAAGACAGCCUUCAUUACCAACUUCAGCAUGACAAUUGAUGGUGUCACUUAUCCUGGAACUAUAAAGGAAAAAGAAACUGCAAAAAAGCAAUAUGAGAAAGCUGUUUCAAGAGGACAGACUGCUGGUCUUGUCAAAGCUUCAGGAAGAAAAACAGAAAAAUUCACUGUCUCAGUCAACAUUAAAGCAGCCAGUAAAGUCACGUUUGAGCUCACGUAUGAGGAACUGCUGAAGCGACAGUUUGGAAAAUAUGAGAUGUUCAUCAAAGUAAAACCAAAGCAACUUGUGAAAGAUUUUGAGAUUGAAGUAAAUAUCUUUGAGCCCCAGGGUAUCACUGAGCUGGAAGCAGAAGGAACAUUCAUCACCAAUGAGCUACAAAAUAUCAUUAAAAAAACUCUUUCAGAGAAAAAGGGACAUAUCUCUUUCAAGCCAACGCUUGAUCAGCAGCGAACCUGUGCAAAUUGCUCACAGUCUGUCUUGGAUGGGGAUUUCACUGUAAAAUAUGAUGUAAAGAGAACAACUCCAGAUAAUUUGCAGAUUGUCAAUGGCUACUUUGUACACUUCUUUGCACCAACAAAUCUUCCAAAGCUGCCCAAGAAUAUUAUUUUUGUAAUAGAUACUAGUGGCUCAAUGUAUGGAAGAGAAAUCGAACAGACAAAAGCAGCACUUCUAAAAAUCUUAGAUGACAUUAAAGGAGAUGACUUUUUCAAUUUCGUACUGUUUGAAAGUGAUGUAUCCACCUGGAAAGAAACAUUAAUCAAGGCCACUCCUGAGAACUUGGAUGAAGCAAGGCAGUUUGUUCAGGGCAUUGAAGCUAAUGGCCUGACAGAUUUACAUGGUGGUCUGAUGAGGGGAAUAGAGAUUCUGAAUGCUGCUCAUGAAGGAAACCUUGUGUCCAAGAGAAGUGCUUCUAUAAUUAUCAUGUUAACAGAUGGCAAACCAAACGUAGGUAUAUCAAAUUUUCAGGAGAUUCAGACAGCGGUAAAAAAGGCCAUUGAUGGAAAAUACACUUUAUACAAUCUUGGGUUUGGCGAUGGUGUUGACUAUGGCUUCUUGGAGAAGAUGGCACUGGAGAAUAAAGGAUUGGCCCGUCGCAUUUAUCCUGACUCUGAUGCAGAUUUACAGCUUCAGGGGUUUUAUGAUGAGGUGUCAAACCCUAUGCUCAUAGAUGUGGAGCUAAACUACCCAGUAAAUGAAAUAUCAGACCUAACCACAAACAGUUUCAAGCAUUUCUAUGGUGGCUCUGAGCUUGUGGUGGCUGGGCGCUUCAGAGACAGCAACCAGAACCAUUUGACUGUAGAUGUGAGAGGUGAAGGUGCUAAUGAUGCCCUGUCAUACACUGCACAACAAGAUGCUGACCAAACGGCUCAGGCUGUCCAAGAACAAGAAUACAUAUUUGGAGAGUACAUUGAAAGGCUCUGGGCUUAUCUUACCAUUGAGCAACUCCUGGAAAAACGCAUUCAAGCUAUAGGAGAAGAAAAGGAGAACCUUACAGCUGAAAUCCUGGAUCUUUCACUGAAAUACAAGUUUGUGACGCCACUGACAUCCAUGGUGGUAACAAAACCAGAAGAAAAUGACAAUGAAGAUGGGAUUGCUGAUAAACCCAUUGAAG